AUGGAGUUUCCAAGUUUUAUCGAUGAAUUAGAGACGCCAGCGGAGUUCUUUCAAUUUUUCUUUGACGAAGAUUUGAUAAACUUUAUUGUUGAACAAUCGAACAUACUUGCGCUACAAAAAGACAUAAAUAAGCCGGCAAAUAUUACUAAGAGCGAAAUAGAGCAAUUUAUAGGUGAGUUCAGCGUAAACACUGUGGAGAAACUUAGUGAAAAUUUGUUUUCAGGCAUAGUCUUAUACAUGUCUUUGAUGAAAUUACCAUCGUCGAGGCAUUAUUGGGAUACUACAGUUGGCCAAGAAUUUGUACGCACCAUCAUGACUUGCAAUAGAUGGGAAAAUAUUAAACGCUUUUUGCAUUUCAACAACAAUGAGAAUAUGAAAUCGCCAGGUGAAGAUGGAUUUGACAAGCUGUUCAAAGUUCGACCACUUCUAAAUAAAAUCCGUGAAAAUAUACUGCUCAUACCAAAAGAGGAGCAACUGGUUGUGGAUGAGCAAAUAAUUCCCACAAAGUGCCGACAUCAUCUAAAACAAUACAUUCCGGUCAAACCGCACAAAUGGGGUUUCAAGAAUUUUGUUUUAAGUGGAGUUACAGGAUUUAGCUACGAUUUUGAUGUAUUUGCUGGAGCACAAAGUGAUAAACAUCCAGAGGGAUUACCGAAUCUGGGAAUCAGUGGAAAUGUUGUUACAAGGCUAGCAGUCACUGUACCGAGAUAUCAAAAUUAA